UCUCAAAUGCACGACAAGUAUAAAGCCCCUACUUUUAAGCUUGUCCUCGUUGGUGAUAGCGGUACGGGAAAGACCACGUUCGUUAAGCGUCACUUGGCUGGUGAAUUCAAGAAGAAGUACAUCGCCGCCUUGGAUACCAAUGUCCACCCUCUAGUAUUCACCACCAGCGACGGCUCGAUUACCUUCAACGUCUGGGACAGUGCUAGUAAGGGACAACUUGGCAGCCUCCCUAACGAAUAUUAUAUGAACGCGCAAUGUGGUAUAAUUAUGUUUGAUGUCACUACCAGACUCACAUACAAGAACGUCUCCAACUGGUACAAUGAUCUUGUCCAUCUAUGCGGAGUCAUUCCCAUCGUUCUCUGUGGGAACAAAUCGGACAUCAGAGAGCGCAUGGUCAGACCCAAAUCUAUUUCCUUCCACCGCAAGAAAUCUCUUCAAUACUUCGAGGUCUCGGCCAAGAGCAACUAUAACUUUGAGAAACCUUUCCUCUGCUUGGCUCGCAAGCUUUGUGGAAAUCCGAGGCUAGAGUUUGUUGGCGCUACUGCUUUGGCUCCUCCUGAGAUUCAAGUUGAUGCUGAACUCAUGCAGCGGCACCAAGAGGAAUUAGACAGAGCCGCACAAUUUUCUCUCGAGGAAGAUUAAAAAUAC